AUGAGCAACCUGGAGAGGCUGAAACAACGGUUGGAGGAAUCACUGGAGAAACACAAAAAUAGGUUAUUGAAGACACGCUAUAAAAAGGCCAAUGGGUUCAUAGAUGAGAAUGCGAAGAAGAGUACCAACAACACAGUGGAAGGAACGAACAGGACAGACAAAGGAAAGAAUGAGGUAGCAAAAGCGGGAGGAGUAAAGAAGGCAACAACAGGAAGAAAUGAACAUGGCAACGUAUAUAGUGGAAAUAGUUUGGAAGGUAAAUUGAACGGAAGGUUGAGGAGUUCAAGGGUUCCUCAGGUAAGAGGGAGAAAGGAAAACAAGCUAAUGCCUAGUCGUCCUUUGAAGGAGAAGCUACAAUGUAAAGCAAACUCAUCAAGGCGUGUUAUACCAGAGAGUCGGAGCAGUGGCUUCGGUGAUAGGAAAACAGAGGGGGGUGUAGGAAAGGAGGUAGUUCCCGAUACGAGUGAAGGUAACCACGCAAUGGAGGAGGAACCCACGCAACUGGACGAGGAACCCCCUGGGGAGGGUGGAAAUUUUGAUGGAGUCUCCAAAGAAAUAAGAGAUAACCUAAACGACCUGUUCAGACAUUUCAUCAACUGCAGGAUUAACAACCUGUAUGUUAUUCAUGGCGACCGAGGUAAAAUACCUAGGGGAGAGUUUUCAGAAGAAGGCAGAGCGGUCAUGAUGAUUCCGGGGGUAGGGGCAAGCGAGGAGGUACAGGAGGGAGUCAUUGGAGAUGUGGUUGGUGAAGAGAAGGAAUUGGAUGUCGCCUUGCCCGACGUUGAUGGGGUGGGUCAUGAGGAACACACGAGGGGGGAAGAAGAAGAAGGACUGUACAAUCGUUUAUUUCAUGUGAAGGGUGAAGAUGUUGCUAGUGGAGUGAGUCGAAAGGGAGAGAUACAGAAGGAAACAGAGAUAAUAGGAGCAAACGUCGGAACGAGGGAAAAGGAUGUAAGCAUGAUGGAGGACGGGAGAGUAAGGCAAUCGAGAGAAUCAGUCGAAGCAGACAUAGGAAGUGGAAGAUACAAUAGCACAUUUAUCAAGUUAAUGCAAAUAAAGAAAAAAAUAAAAAAAAAAAUUAAAAAAUUUGAAGAUGAGGAGAAGAAAUUUUUCUGUACAGAGGAGAGGACCAUGUGCAAUUCCGACGUAUCAAAUGAGGAUAGGAAUCUACCAGUUAGGGACAUCUCGACAUUCACAGAUGGUAACUCUCCUUCUUCAAAGGAGGGUAAUGAUUGGGGCGUCGUACAGGUGCAUUCUUCUGUAGCUUCUGCUGCGAGCACGAACCAAGAAGUUUCUUCCACAGGGGAGAGUAUCGAACUGUUCACGACGCAGAGAAAUAUAUUCGUCUGUAAUUACUACACCAAGAAUUCUAGAACGAAGAAGGAAAGGAAAGUCCAAGACAGGGUUCAGGUGACAAGGGACAGUGCGAAUUUUUUGGGGAGUGCCUUUUCUCUGGAAAACCACUCCACUGUAACGUGCAACGUGGGGGGGAGUCAAUUGGAGAAGUACCCAUCGGGGGGGUAUCCGUUGGAGGAGUAUGAGGCGCAUUUCAACCCGCCCAAACUGUAUGGAAGCCCAACCUAUCGGUUGGAUCAUAAGAGGGGAGAAGGGAAAAGGAUAACACAUCGAAGAGGCAGUCAUGGGGAUAGAGUGGGUUACCAUGUGAUGAGGAUCUCGAAUGAAGUGGAAGGAGGACGAGGAAAAAGGAGAGAUGAUCUCGGAAAGACAAAGUAUGAACUUAGUUCGUGUCCAUCGAGUUCAUUUUCAUACCAGAACAACCAUUUAUCUCCCUCCAGAGGGAACCCAUUGAAAUGUUUGAGGGGCCAGGUUAGGAGAGACCUGACUACACAUAUGGAAAGAGACGAGAAUGACGGAUCAUAUCCUACGGGGGAAAGGCAUACCGUGUGGGACAGACGGGACAUUGGUGGGGAAUCCCAUUACCCAAAUGAGAGGAGACCCUUCUGUAUGGAUAAAAGUACCACGCGUGUGCAGGGGAGGAGCAAAUGUGAGGUAAAGAGUAUCAUGCCGUGUGUAGUAAACAUGUUGGAUGGGCGCUAUGAUGAGAGGAAGGAGGGGGAGAACCGAUUCCCUAUUUUGUCUUGGUCUAGUGGACAAGGAGUGCAGACAUCGCCAUCAGUUCAGUGGGAAAAAUGCAACGGCAAAUUUAGGGGUGAGUUUAGCAGUGCGUUCAGCGGUGAGAGUGGUGGCCAUUGCAGCCGUCCGGGAGAUAAUCCCCGUGGAAAGGUACCCCUGAAGGGAGAAAGGGAGAACCCCGGUGGAAUUUCCCCCCACUUAACUCCAAGUGAUCAUCAGUCCUGUGAGGAACGAACCAAAUGCUACAUAUGCUCAUUCCCUAUCCGAAACAAUGAAGAGGAAUUCAUUUUAAAAAAAAAAAAAAGGGACUACGACAUGGGGUGUAUACAGAAGGGAGAGACAUACAAGCUAUACAAGCAGAAGGAAUACACAUCGAAAAACUGUUUGAGGAGAGAUGAUUCGUUGUAUCGUCGAAACGAAUGUGAAGUGAGUAAUAUGCCCCAAGAGGAUAUGCUUAUUCAUGGUGGAAGCGCAAAUAGUGAGAGAGGGAGAUUCCGCUGCAGACAGACAAUUCAUGGAGAUUCUGGGAAGUACUCAUAUAUGGCUGAUCAGGAGGGGGAGGAAAAAAAAAUGGAGAGUGGAGAAAGGUACAUAGAGAUAAAACACAGAGGAGUGGGGGUUCGCCGAAUUGAAGAUAACGGACAUGGACAUGGUACUAAUUUUAGAUACCACUCAGUGAGGGAGAAAGAUAAGGAAGACGAACAACCGGAUGAAGCCUCCUUCGUCAUCGGUUCGAGUGGUCCCACAUAUGGAUGUAAUUUGGAGGAAGAGGGAAGUGAUAAAAGGGAGGAAGUUAUUUUGGAUGGGGGAGAAGGUUUCUCAUUACAGAGAGGUAUCCAAGAGGGAGGGUUGCAAAGGAACAUUCCCACGUGUGGAAUGAAGAGGAACGAUAGAUUGAGCAACAAAAAAGGGAUGAGUGAUUGUAGAAACCAUCCGGUCAGGGUUGCUCUAAAUGAAAGGAGCUGUGUUAGGGAGGAGACAUUCACUCCAGGGGUAGCUCCUCGUGAUGUGGACCAUUUAAGCGAGACAUACAACACGUGGGUGUAUAAAGAAAGGUUGUCUGCUUCCGCCGAACGGGAUGGGGUUAGCAUAGGAAGUGUUGUCGUCAAUGAAAGCACGGGAGAGGGAAAACCCAAGACACUCUUCUGGAAGAUCAGCGAAGGGGACACGUUCAACAUUCCCGUCGAGGGGAACAACGCGAAGGUUCUCCAUGUAGGAAGGGUUGGAGGAGAGAGGCCCGCAGAAAGAAACCAUGGAUUUGACACAGAGGAGGGAAAAAACAGAAGGCGUGCCGCGUCGAAUGGUGCCAUAUUGAAAAAGGUUCUGAGAAUGAAGAUGGAGGCUAUGCAAAAGGAAAAGAGAAACAUGGGGGAAGAGGAAGAGUCAAGGAAGUUAGAACCAUCGGCGGGUCUGGCGCAGGCUGAAUAUAGCACACCAAACAUACCAAAUGAAGAGAAGAAUCGACUUAAAGAAUAUGAAAGAGGAGAGAGACACACACAUGGGGAGAUGAAACAGAAGAAGAGUGGGGAUGGUGAAAGAUGGGUGUACGACAAAUUGUCUGGACAUAUAGGGGUACCAGAUGUAGGGGGAUCUACUCGCAGUAGAAGUACCCUCAAUAGAGGUACCGUCAAAGGAAGUGCAUGCAACAGUGACCCCCCCAAUAGGCUUCCCCCAGAUAAUAGCGUGGAGAGAAGCAUCCCUCGUGAGAUGGCGCCCGGUGUGGACAGUCUCCACGUGGAGGACUGCUCCGUUAGAAGUGUAUCAACUCUGGAAAGGAUACCUUUGUCGAGGAAGACCCAGAGGAAGUACUCCCCGACAAGCGGACUGACUAGAAACGUACCUGUUAGAGUGAAGAAAAUGGACACGCUAGGACCAGAGAACAAGAACGAUGGGGACAAGAUGGAAAUGCAACGCUUUAACGAAUCAUUCUACUGCAACAUACAACGGAUCAGGAGUAACGAUGUGUAUCCGAAUUCAGAGGAACCAAUUAGUACAUCCCAGAAGAAGAGGUUAAUGAAGGCCUAUCUUGAGGAUCUCAGGAAGAAGGAAAAGAAAGAGGUAUUCAAUUAUAAACUGAAAUAUAAUAUUGAGUUCUUUAAAUUCGCUCAGUUCAUAUGUCAGGACAAGAACUUCUGCAAGAACUACUUGGGACAGAUGGGAAGUAACAUGGAUGCCAAUGGGGACGAUAUAGACCGAGUCGCCUUUUCUAUCGUGAAGCUGUUUAAUGCACGGUGA